UCCCUGUGUCUCCCCUGUGUGUCCACACCCGGCUCCUCAAGGCUAUGGGAGGAAAGGCGAGGUGGAGAAAGCUGAAGAGAGUGGUAGGUCCGAUGCCUCAAGGUCCCCAGGCACCCAGUAAACAGCGUUUCAAGAAGGAACGCACCAAGACCCGGGAUGCAAAGAGGAAGAGACUGGGUGAAGAGGACGAUGAGGAGGAGGAGGAGGUGAUGCAGGAAGUGAAGGGUGAGAAGGACCAGGUGGGAAAGGACUCAACAACAUCUUCCAAUAAGAAAGAGGUUGGUGUGAGGAAACGCGACGCCUCCAGUGAGCUCAGUGACGACAGCCAGAAGGACGACACUAAAGAUGAUGAAGGGAGAGCUGAACAUAACGCAAACGGCGCUCAGGGUCUAUUGGCAACUGACGUAGAUAAAGACUUCGAAUCUUCUCUUACAGAAUGGAUUUAUGACCCACUAGGUGAAACGACCCUUGAAGAGGAGCUGAAGAAGGCCAGGGAGGAAGAGACCCUUGUUGGUGAUGAUUUUCCAUUACCGUCUGAAACAAGAGUCGGUAUCCACAAAGUUUCUGCAGACAGGGAGAAAGAAACAACAGACAAGUCUUCCCACUCUGAUGCAGAAGGCGUUAGUAACAGCGAGAAAUCUGUCAAGUUUUUCAUAUCGGAUGACGAGAGUGACAGCGAUACGGCAAUCUUUGUUGACGCCUGUCAGCACACACUAAGUGGCGAGGAGAACGGCCAGGUAGACGAGCACAUGAACGCUGCUGUGGUCGACGGUAUCAACGACAGGAUGGACGGGUACGCGUUCAUCGACAUGAAGGCAGAGUCAGGAGCCGAACCUUCACUUGAGAGCGACGACAUAGAGCUCGUCAUCGGCGACAUGGUAGAAGACGAAGAAGUUAAUGGCACUGAAACUCUAAACCCCCUCUCAGAAAUCCUCGACAAUGAGAGUGCAGGGGCACUACCAUCAAGCAGCCCUCCCAGAGAUAACUCAGGAGUCACGGGAAAUGGGGCAGUUCAUAUCAUAUCAGGACAACAAAUGGAAUCAGACGGUGCCAUGAACUCAUCACCGAGUGAAUCUGCCACAGAAGGAGACUCAGUCAGCAGGUCAUCGGUGAGUGAUCACGCUGACGCAGACUCUGUAAGCAGGACUUCCUUUAUAGGAUCUGGCGAACGUGUUGUGGCCAGGAAAAUUUCAACUGAUGGUUCUGUGGAUCCCGAUGCACUGAGCACAGCAUCGGUAACGGAAUCGACUGACUCAGAAACUGUGAGCAGAAGUUCAACCACAGAGGCCUUACAACAAGAAGUCAUGACAUCAAGUACUGAAAAAGCUGAAGCAGAUGGUAGUGCAAGAGGGUCGACAGUAUCCCCCAGUGGGUCAAGUCCAUCCAUCAAGUCGCUCGGCAGCCAAGGAAUACUGCAGCCCUCAAGUAGAGCGCCAGACACUGCCAGCACCACUUCAGCCAGCGAGUCCGGCGACAUGGAAGCUUUUAGCAAGACCUCAGCUAGUGAGUACGAAGGAGAUGGAGUAAGCAGGACCUCUGUAAGUGAGUAUAGCGGAAUAAGCAGGACCUCUGUAAGUGAAUACAGUGGAGAAGGAGUAAGCAGGACCUCUGUAAGUGAAUACAGCGGAGAUGGAAUAAGCAGAACUUCUGUAAGUGAAUACAGCGGAGAUGGAAUUAGCAGGACUUCUAUGAGUGAAACAGAAGAGGCAAGUAGAGCUUCUAUAGGUGGUUCUAGGGAACACACCAGCAAAUCUUCUGUCAGUGAGUCAACAGAGUUUGAUUCUGAAAGUCUUUCUUCGACAACGGAUCUAUCAACCCCAAAAGAAGAGGGACCCUGUGCCUUAGACGGUAAGGUUAAGGCAGAAUCCAAAGACUCUGAAGACCUGAAAGAAGGACUACACCAGGAGGACGAUGCAGUCAAGGUCCGCUCCGGAUCUCCUGUCUGGGAAGAGCUGGACCGUGAGGAUCAUUUGCAACUUACAGGAGAUGCAGCACAUUCAGAAGUUCCCGAUGUUAAGGGCGCCGGUGAAGCUGAUGCGCAAAGUUUGUUCUUUAGUCUCUACCCUGAAUACCAGCCUGGCGAGGGAGAGGAAGCAGAGGAAAAUCAUGGAAAGGCGAUAGUAGGAAAUCCAAAAUUUCCUUGUUUUCGGGGCCAAAGGGGAGAACAAGACGACCAAGAAGACGUUUACAUGGCCAUGGAAAACCCAGAGACAAAAGGCGGGUCGAGUAGAAAAGAUAAGAGAACCAAGGGAACCCUUUCUGGAAAAAUCAACCAAUUUCAAAAUAAAUUCUCUCAACAGAAGAAGUCUGAAAGAGAGAAUAAGAGCGCCUCUGAGCCUGAGGGAUCUUCGUCACACCAGAGCAGCGGAGGAAGCGUCGACGAGCGACAAGACACCGCCUCAGGAAACUCAAGUGACGAGCAAAAAGCAAAAAGUGAAAGCAGAAGAGACGACUCAGAAUUCUCCGAUCACACCCCCAGAGACGGGGCGCUGCCCGAUGUUCUGGACAGUGCCUCUUCCCUCGCCUCGGAGGGUCGUGCAGAGGAGGGUCAGCAUCCCGCCAACAACAAAAACGACCUGGUAUGUGAUGCUGGACAACCUGGAGAAGGAGCCGAAGUAACUAAGCCAGAGGGCGCAGCGACAGAUGCAACGAAGAAGUCUGGAGAAGACACACAGACUGUUGAAGGGGCAGCAGGAGUGACGGAGACUGGACAAGAGACACUAGAAGUAGAAAGCAAAAAUGGAGGUUCCAUAAAGGAUCGUAAAACACUCGUGGGAAAGGCAAAAGAAUGGAUAAAAGGAGUCACAAGAAUGGGGAGCAAGAAAGAAGAUGUUGUCCCUGAAAAGACUAAUGACAAAUCAGAACCUGUCAAUGGUUCAAAGGAAACAGCCAAGGUUGAAGCAAAGACGAUGGAAACAAAUAGCACAGCGAGCAAAACGCCAUCAGUCACCUCAGAGUCUAAGACUUCAGAAGAUGAAAAAGGUAAGAGCGAUGAAGCAGAUGCCUCACCAAUUAAAGACGCUGUUAGUAUGGCAGAGAGCGAGGUUGAAAAAGAAACGAAUGCAGUCGGCGGGGAAAAAGUUGGUGUGGAGAACGUGGAAGAAGGCGCUGUGGCUACUGCAGGAAAAAAAGAAGAACCUCCUGCUCAAGAAGACCUCGCACAUGAAAGUAACGGUGGAAAAGUGUCGGUAGAGGAGAUCACCAAAGUAGCGAAAAAAGAUAAAGAAGAUGAGCUAAGCAUUGAAAGUGAAGGGAAAGCUGUUGAAUUAAGCGAGGAACAGGAAACGCCUGUCUCUGAGAGCCCUCCAGAGGGAGUUGUUGAAGCUGAGAGUAUAGAAGACAAAAAAUCUUCUCCAUCGGACAAAGAAGCUCUCAUUAUUGACUAUUUGGAAACUGGAAAUGAAUUUAUCGAUGCAAUAGGUCAGCAUGAACCUAUAUACGUCACAAACCCCCUAGAAGUUACACCUGAUUUAACUAAGGAUGAACCUUUAGUUCCUGAAAAUUACACAGACGAAACGAAAGAUUCUGCCACCCAGUUAGAAAGUAAAGAAGUCAGUGAGGUUGAAAGCAAAGUGAACGGGGUGGAGGAGAAGCAAGAGAAUGGCUUGAGAGCAGAAGAGACAGCAGAUACAGAUACCAAGAAGCAAGAUAUUCCUGAAGUAGUGACGUCCACAGUAGAGCCAACCAGUGAAGACGUAAUCCCUAAGGAGGAGAAACGUAAGAGAGCAAAGGACGAAACAAAACCACAUCGUAAAGUUAGAGAAAAGUCGAAAUCCCCGUCUGUAUACAAGGACACUGAUGAAAAGGGCCGAAGUCCAAAAUUAUCGAAAAAGGACAAGGAUGGUAAGAGUGGAAGCAGGAGGAGAAGGCACCGACGACGUACUCGGAGCCAAGAAGGGCCAGAGGUGCAGGCGACCACAAAGGAGGCAGCCACAUCACCACCUCCACCAGGCCUACUUUCUCCCCCAGGAAAUGGGAGGACGAAGGGGGAACCCCCUGAAGGAAAGUUUCUUGAAGUUAGCGAUGAAGUUCCCCAGAGAGAACCAGAACAAACAACUGCUAAAGGGGAUGAAUUUAUUCGUGCUGAAGCGACUGAACUCGAUACAGAAGAAAAAGGCUCCCCCACUGAAGAUUUACCGCAAGAAAAUGCAGCUGAAGAACAGGAACAUGACAUUACUGACCAGGUAACCGGAGAACAAGGUGAUAAUAUUGAUACAGCAGCUGUAGAACAAGAACCAGAUGUUACUGACAAGAAUAUUGAAGAACCAGAAAGUGAGGUCGCAACUGAAGAACAAGAAGUUGAGGAUGUUGUCAAAAAAGCUGAAGAAGAAGAAGAAGGCGAAGUUAUUACUAAACCAGCUGAAGAACAGGAAGCCGAUUUUAUGGCUAAGCCAGAAAAAGAGCAAGAAGGCGAGUUUGCUGCGAAGCAGGCUGAAGAACAAGAAGGUGACGCUAUUGCUGAGUCAGUUGAAGAACAGGAAGGCGAGGUUACUGUUAAGCCAGCCGAAGAACAAGUUGGUGAAGAUAUUACUAAGCCAGUUGAAAAACAAGAAGGUGAAGAUAUUGCUAAGCGAAGUGAAGAACAAGAGCGUGUCUCAGCUGCUACUCAGCCUGCCAGUGACCAUCGUUUGAGAAAAAAGGUGUCAGUCAAAUCCAGUAAAGACAAGUUUUCAGACGAAUUCUGGAAGGAGAAACUGAGCAGUGGCCACAAGAGACACGGAAAGCACCGCGAGGAGCAUAAAUCUUUUAGUUCUGGCGAAUAUGACUAUGCAAGUCUUUCCAGGAUUAAGAGGGGAAAGAGUAUUGAAUCAAAACCCACAACGAGAGACACAGAUGAACAGAAAAAAGUGGUUAAGAGCGACGAGGUUAGACAGGAGGUUCCCCAGGACAAGCAGUUGGGUUCCCCAUCACUUACACCAAGUGAAGAUGUCGGAGAAACAACUACCUCUUUCCCGGUCACAGGCGCUACCUGGAGUCCCCGGGUGGGUCGAAGGGAAAGAAAGAGUAGCAGAAGGUCAAGCGAGCGAAAGCGAGAGAGGAAAUCCUCCGAUAAAUCAGAAGUCAUGAAGGCGCCAGUUGAGGAAGACGCAAAGCCGAUGCCAGACUUGGAGCCUUCAGGAAAGACGGAUGAGCUACCAGAGUCUGAAGUGCCACAAAUCGGGUCUCCAGUCCCACCUACGCCUCCAGCAGAUACCAAGGUCUCUAAAGAAGUUGAAUCGCCCAAGAAAGAGAUCCCAGUUGAGCCCGUAAAGCCAGACGCUGCUGCUACAGAUACUAGCGCUGUCUUAUUAGAGCUGAAGUUCCCUGAGGGAAUCUCAAAGCCUCGUUCACCCGUUCCUCGGAAAUUUGUGUAUCCAAGUAGAGGUUCAGUGCCUGAGAAAAUCUCUAAACCACCUCCCGAAGAUGAAGCGAAGCCUACUGUGAGGUCUCCGAGGUUUGCUUCACCAAAACCUCACACCAAGAGUGUUACCACUAAAGCUCCACCGUCACCCGUUACCACUAAGGCUCCACCGUCACCCGUUACCACUAAAGCUCCACCGUCACCCGUUACCACUAAGGCUCCACCGUCACCCGUUACCACUAAAGCUCCACCGUCACCCGUUACCACUAAGGCUCCACCGUCACCCGUUACCACUAAAGCUCCACCGUCACCCGUUACCACUAAAGCUCCACCGUCACCCGUUACCACUAAAGCUCCACCGUCACCCGCUACCACUAAAGCUCCACCGUCACCCUUGACCGGUGAAAUAACUCAACGUCAAACAGGUAUUUCAGAACCACCUUCUGAACAAAUAUUUAAACUAAAGUUUCCUGAAGGUGUCUCCCAGCCACUGUCGCCGCCGCCACCGCCGCCGGUAGUCUUAAAGCACUCAGACGGAAUAUCUCCUCCACUCUCACCAGAAGUCCUUAAAGAGACCCCAAAGCCGCCGUCUCCUGCACCAAGGAAAACAAGACCGAAAGUUGUAAUUCCUACACCAGGGUCUCCAAAGCUUCAGACAGUGGAAGCUUCCCCCGAGCUUACUGUGCCAGCCUCUCCUCCAGCAGCUGCUCCUGAUGAUACAUCCCAGAAGGUUCAGCCAGAUACGAUGACUCAUCCCCCAUCAUCAAAACAUUUGUCAUUACCGGCAUUAAAACCUGCUAGAGCCGUUUCACCCCUAAGGACACUAAAGUACCCUGAAGGUAUCACUUCACCUCCCUCACCUGAUCCAAGGAAGCAUCGAAAACCCAAGAAGCUUCCCCACACUGAGACACCACUAUCAACACUGGCAGCUGACGACACCAAGCCAAUUAUAACGUCAGAAUCCUCACAGGCAAUCAUUUCCUCAGUCGAACCAACAACAGUUAUGUUUCCCACGUCCAUUGUUCCUCAGGAUGAUGGUUCCAAACUAGAACUCAAACCAGAGACAAUGGUAGCUGAGACAACGAUAACUCUUGAAACUUUCAACGAGACGAAGCCUGAGUCACCGAGUGUUUUACCGAAAUAUGUUAGCGAUAAAAGUCGAAUGUAUUCACCUGAUUCUGUCACAACAAUGACAGCAGAGCUUUCCCUCGAGGAUCAGAAGGGCAGAGAAUCCCCUAGGAUUAGAUCCCAUAGGAUUAGCUCCCAUAGGAUUAGCUCCCCCUCCCCACAAAGAGGAAAAUCCACGGUCGAGCGCCCAAAGCCUAGUCGACUCGCAACUCCAACACAACAACAAACAGCAGACAGUCCCGUCACGUCUCCCACGACCAAACCUGCUCUCAAGCCAAAGCCCACCUCAGUAUCCAGCACCCACAGCCUCGAGCAUGUGGAACCUCUAAAAGACACUCUACCCACCUCGCCACCACCUAGCGCAUCAACAAAACCCACGGAUGAGUCAAAGACACCUGAAGAUAUUACUAAAUCACACACAAAAGAUUCCAAACUAAAAUUAAUAGACUCUCAGACAACAGAGUCCGGUAAAUCUCCUACAGACCUUAAGCAAACAGUAGAAGAUUCUAGUCAAACAGUUAAAUACUCUAGACCAAUGACAGUGGAUCUCAAACAACCAGCAGAUGAUUUUAAGUCAGAGACAGAAAGUUACUCGCCACUGAAGACUAGUGUGGCCCAGAGGAUGAAGUUCCCAGAAAGUCUACAGCCCCUGCCUGUCUCGCCUUCUCCCAAAACGAAACCCACAGACUCCUUGAAGAGGAGCUCAUCCAUUAAGUCUGAUGCUUCGUCACCCAAAUCACCCCUACCGUCUUCCAAGAUUGCUUCUCCAAUACCCAAGAUAUCCUCUCCCAGUCCAAAGAUAGCCUCUCCUACACCCAAGAAAACUUCUCCCACAGGAAAGAUAGUUUGUCCUUUCCCUAAAAUAGCGUCUCCUACGCCUAAAGUUGUAUACAUCCCCAAGACAACUGCAGCAUCAAAAGUCGCCUCUCCUGUUCCUAAGACAACUUCACCAGUACCAAAGUUAUCCUCUCCCACACGUAAGAUAUCCUCACCUAUACCAAAGAUGAUAACUUCCCCUACUCGCACAAUCGCUUCACCUUCCCCACUGACACAAACUGUUGCAGAAAAAACAAGUGUACCUUCGCCUCAACUCUCUGAUGAUCAGCUCCCAAGAUUUAUUUUUGCGACACGGCAGCGACCCUUCCCCGACGGGAAGUCAAGUCCUUCAGAGCCACCUGCUUCAGAUGCCGAGAAGCAGAGUUCUGAAAGCUCCCAGGUUCCAGCACUGUCACAUGAUGAGGACCAUCGGACGACACGGAAACACACCUCAGGAGCCUUCCGUCCUUCACAUGAGGACCUUCUCUCUCAUGAACCCCGCCUCUCACCUCGUGAAGCCCGUGUUUCUCAAGAGGCCCGACUCUCCCCUCAUGGCCUCCUGGGGUCCCCUCAUGAGGGUUCGCCAUCGCCCAAGGAAGGAUCUCAGUCGCCCCACCCUGGAGGUGACCCACCAUCCAAGAGAGUCCGCCGGAAGAAGAGGCGUUAGUGCCUGGCAGACCCACAGCCGUAGCAGAAGACUAAGGCAGAGAGAGUUUUCAGAAGGCCAAGGGAAAAAUAAGAGCUUUUGAGUUACCAUACUGUAUAUCUUACGAAGCUUCAUAGUGUAUCGUGUUCAUCUUAGAGGAGCCAUCGAAGCAUUUAAAAACCAGUGUACCCACACAUCCAGUCCAUUCACUCUUCAUAACAGUGAUCCAACACGUAUGAAACUAGUUCAUAGAGCCGCUAGACCGGCUUGAUCCAGUCCUUUACUUAAGUCAGUGAACCAAUACGUACUAACCCAUUUCAUAGCCGCUAAACUGCUGAACUGAGCUGAUAUAGCCCAAAAUUAGUCAUUCAACUUGUAUCAAACCACUCCACAAAGUUGCUAAACUGGCUUGAGCAAGCUUCUUACCUAAGGUAGUGAUCCACCAUACAUCAAGCCACUUCAGAGACCCGCUGACCUGGUUUGACUGAACAACAUAUAGUAAGCCACUCGGCCUUUACCCCGUUCUUAUGGUAGAUUCUCUCUGUGUCUCCUGACCAGCGCCGCCCACACGACCACCUGCGUUGUGAACGAACGACACGACAUAACUUGUGUUGAGGACUGACAACACGACACCACUUGUGUUAUGAGCUAACAGCACAACACCACGUGUGUUAUGAGCUGACAACACGACACCACUUAUGUUAUGAGCUAACAACACAACACAACUGGUGUUAUGGGCUGACAACACGUCACUACCUGUGUUAUGAGCUGACAACAGCUCACCAAUUGUGUUGUGAACUGACAACACGACGCCAUUUGUGAUGUGAGCUAACAGCACAACAGUUUGUUUUGUGAGCUGACAAUACAACACCAAUUGCGUUAUGAGUUGACAACAAACCCACCGCGUGUUUUGUGAGCUGACAACACAGCAGUUGUGUUAUAAAUUGACAACACAACACCAAUUGUAUUGUAAGCGGACAACACUGUAUAGUUUGUGAUGUGAGCUGACAACACGACGUAUUUUUGUUAUGAGCUGAUAUCUCGAUACAGUUUGUGUUAGGAGCUGACAACGUGACACUGCUUGCUAGUUAAUAACUCAACAUACUUUGUAUCAUGAUCUGACGACACAACACUUCUUGAGUCAUGAGCUGACGGCACGAUGCUCCUUGCGAACUGUCAACACGACAUUAUUUGUGAGCUCGCAACACCACUUUGUUUGUGGGCUCACAACGCCACAUUCAUGUGAGCUGACAGCACGACAUUGUUUGUGAGACGACACCACGACAUUGUUUGUAAGCUGACAUCACGACAUUGUUUGCGAACUGACAACACGACAUUGUAAGCUGACAACACGACAUUGUUUGUAAGCUGACAACAUAACAUUAUUUGUGAGCUGACAACACAACACUUGUGUUUUGAGCUAACAACACUACACUAUUUGUGUUUUGAGCUGACAACACGACAUAAAUUCAGCUGACGACACGACACAUUUGUGAGGAUAAUACAAGCAUGCUUUCACCUCACAGGACGUGUGAGAGCCUUGUUUUAUCGUCAGAUCACAAUACGACCAGUGUUGGAGGAUGGUGUGGUCGUUUACGGUCGUUCUGGAGGCGACUAUGGCGGGGGACUGCUACCAGUAGAGGUAAAGAGUUCCUGAUGUGGCUGACGUAAAAUAUUACCUCCUGACGUGGUUGAUGAAGG